AUGGCUCACACCUCGGUCCACUGCCACACCAUGAAACUUGCUGCUCUUGGAGAGGAUUUUAUGGAAGCACAGUCCGGUUACAACGACGACGGUUCCGGUCAACCUUGGAUGCCGCACGCCGCAACAAUCAGCUUGAUACGCUUGACAGUCCACGCCCAACGCACACAAAAACAAAAGUACAGAACACAAACAACAGCUGCCCGGCACGCAAAAAGCAACAACGGGCUGUUCAGCUACGAUGGAGGGUUUGGCGGCUCUGCUUUCUUCUUGGAGUUUGUCUUGUGGCUUUGA